AUGGGAGUGCACGGUCUUUGGCGGCUGCUGGAGAGCACAGGAAAACCCAUUAAUCCAGAAACUUUGGAGGGUAAAAUCCUUGCUGUUGAUAUCAGUAUAUGGCUGAAUCAGGCUGUAAAGGGGGUGCGAGACCGUGAAGGCAACAGUGUCCAGAACGCCCAUCUUCUAACUCUCUUCCACCGCAUCUGCAAGCUGCUGUUUUUCCGCAUCCGUCCAGUGUUUGUCUUUGAUGGCGAUGCUCCACUGCUAAAGAAACAAACACUGGCCCUGAGGAGGCAGAGGAAGGAAGAGUUAAGCCAAGAGUCCAAAAAGACAAAUGAGAAACUCCUCAGGACAUUCCUGAAGAGGCAAGCUAUCAAAGCUGUGCUUGGAGAUGACAGUAAGGAUCCUCUUCCUAGCCUGUCAAGUGUGAAGAGAAAUGAGGUGGAUGACAUGUAUGUUCUACCUGCCCUGCCACAGGCAGAUGAAGAGAGAAGCAGCUCAGAGGAGGGGGAGGAAGAGAACGAGUCUGAAGAUGUGGUUGAUGAGAUGUAUGAGGGGGCUGAACAUUUUGCGGACCCAAACUCUGUGGACAUCAACUCAGAAGAAUUUGCAUGUCUGCCACUGGAAAUGAAGCAUGAGAUCCUCAAAGACAUGAAGGAAUUUUCAAAAAGGCGUCGGACCCUUUACCACAAACCUCCCGAGCUCUCCACAGACUUCUCCCAGUACCAGUUAUCUGGCUUGCUGCACAGAAACAAGCUAAAUCAACGUCUGGAGGGAGUGGAAAAAGAGAUGAAUCAGCGCAGUGCUGGCAGCGCACCACAGUUCUACGAACAGGAGCAGCAGAGUCAUGAUGUUGAGUCACGUCGACUUGUUUCAGAAGAUAACUCUCACUACAUCCUCAUUAAAGGCUCUACCAAAAGUAAAAUUCCCUCAGAGAACCAACCUACCCCUGCACCCUGGACUGGGAAUGCCCUAUCAGGCUUUAUAAAGAGGAGAGUGGCCAAACCGGAGCCCUUGUGGUGUCCAGUCCCUGAGGAAGAAGAUAAAAAGCAAGUUUCCUUUUCAGGGGACUGUAAAGAGUCUGAUGUCACAUCGCCCCCUUCGCCUCGCACGCUGAAUGCUCUUCAGGUCGCCAUGAAUGACACCUCAGAUGUGAAGCAGGAAGACGGAGAAGGUAGCAUUUCUCCACGAACUCUGCUCGCCAUCCAACAAGCUCUGGAUGAGGAUGACGAUGGAGUGAAGCAAAAGACUCUAAGCAGCAGCUCUGCUACUAAGAUACAAAUAGCCAUCAGUAGUUCAGAAGAGGAUGAGACAGAGCUUGAUGCCAUUAAAGAUUUUGUCGAAGAAAAAUCCAAUUUUAAGGAGAACACCUUAGGAAAAAAUAUACCUGAUGACUUGUUAGAUAUUGGUUCUGAUUAUAUGGAUGAAAUAAUUGGACAAAGAAAUAAAGCUUUUCACUUUGCAGCAGCUAUUAAUGAAGUGAAGGAAGGAUCUGACAGACAAAACAUGACGGAAAAAAACUGUGAAGUGAACAAGGACAUGCGCCAAGCUAAUGCAAGGACCGUAAGUUGCAGUCAGACACAACCUGACAAUAGAGGUGACUCGGAGCUGGGAUUAAUGUUUGAGAAGGAACAUCACACCCAUUUUGAGGCUGCUGAUAAUGAAUCUGAGCAGGUAUUUGGAAAAUCUCUUAGGGAGGCACAAAGUCACAUUGAAUUGCCUGAGCGGGGUAAUAAUCGAUUCCCUCUUCUAAAAACGAGCCAUGUUGUUAAGCCAGGAAGUGUGGACGACAGUGAAUCAGAAGAGAGUUUUGUGGAAGUAUCAGAGGAGGAACAUGAAGAAGAUGCAGAGGAGGUCUACAAUGAGACCAUGCAAGCAGAAAGUCAGCCCGAUGCUGCGCCCGUUCCAGACCAGAACUCGAAAUCAAAUGAGGAGAUCGACAAUGAAACCCCGUCCGAUGGGGAUGAAUUUGAAGAGGAAAAAUUGAAUGCAUCCUGCUCAGCUACUGCAGUCAAUGAAUGGGAAGAUUUUGAUGUGGAGGAGCUGCACUCCCUUGAAAGCUCUCUGCAGGUGGAGCAGAGCAACCUGAAAGAGCAGCAACAGCAACAGGAGAGGAUGGCCAACACAGUUACAGGGCAGAUGUACUUGGAGAGCCAGGAGCUCCUACGGCUUUUCGGUAUUCCAUUCCUAGUGGCACCGAUGGAGGCCGAGGCGCAGUGUGCUGCACUCGACAGAACCGACCAUACUAAUGGUACCAUUACUGACGACUCAGAUGUUUGGCUGUUUGGAGGACGACACGUCUACAAGAAUUUCUUCAACCAGAAUAAAUAUGUGGAACACUACCAGUACAGUGACCUGCAGAACCAACUUGGUUUGGACAGAAACAAACUGAUCAACCUGGCUUACCUGCUAGGAAGUGACUAUACCGAGGGCGUGCCUGGGGUCGGGUAUGUGACAGGCAUGGAAAUCUUGAAUGAAUUCCCUGGACAUGGGCUGGAGCCACUGACACAGUUCAGUAAUUGGUGGUCAGAAGCGCAAGAGAAAAAGCGUUUGACUGACAAUCCUCGGGACACGAAAGUGAAAAAAAAGCUGCGGGGGCUCAAACUUCAACCCGGGUUCCCAAACCCUGCUGUGGCUCAGGCUUAUCUGCAGCCUGCUGUGGACCAGUCGGACAGUUCCUUCAGCUGGGGACACCCUCAACUGGACAUGAUCAAAGAAUUUUGUCAAAGUCGCUUUGGUUGGACCAGUAGAAAAACCACAGAGACCCUUCAGCCUGUGAUCAAACAACUUAACACACAACAGACUCAGUUGCGGAUUGACUCAUUCUUCCGCAUGGAGCAACAGGAAAAGCAGGCGAUUCGAAGUCAGCGACUCCGCCGUGCCGUCACCUGCAUGAAAAGAAAGGAGGAUGGAAACGAGGAUAUGGAUUCUGACGAGGAAACUGUCACACCAUCAAAGAGAGGAAAAACAAUGGAGCAGGACCAGAAGAAAGCCGAAACUGGAAAACUAAGAGAACAAGACAGAUCUUUGUGCCAAGGCGGGUUUUUGGGUUCAAGGGGAAUUGGAGAAAAUUUGAAUAAGUCUCUGAAUGAUGUGAACUGCUCUAGCCACGGGUCAAAUUUGACAAAGGCUACCAAGACUAUACCACCAAAGCACACGACUGGACAGAGCAGCAGCAGCAGCUCUGAUGAAGACUGCGAAGAUAAUUAUUGUAAAGCUGCUAUGGUAACUGCACAACCUGUGUUCAAAGGAAGCAUGAGAGGUCGCAGUAAUAAAAGCAGGAGAGGAAGAGGGCGAGGAAAGAAAAUCUAA